AUGUCAACCUCUUCCAGUCAACCGAAGAUCGCCGAACGACUUUCGAUUCUUAAUCGUCGUCAACUUGGCGUUCUCAGUCGACUUCACUUUAUGAAAACCAUUCUUGCUGAUUCCGAAACCCGUUAUCCAUUUCUGCCCGGUGGUGAUAAGGCAUUUGAUAAUGCGUGGAAGGUUCUGUUAAAAAAGUUUCCCAACCUUGACUCCCGGUCUAAUUCGUCCACACUGAGUAUAUUUUGCAAUCAAAAGGAGAUUUUCAAACAGGCUUCCCUUCUAUAUUACAACUUUGUCGAUGUGCUGGAAGUGAAAGAUAAUGUUUUGGACUUAUUACAACGAAUCGCCCUUGCUGGAAUUCGUCUUGAAAUAACCAUCAAUUCAGAUUUAACUUACCUUUAUCUUGAACUGACUACAAAUUACUUCGCGAUCAUGUAUUUUCUCACUCGCAUUCCUGAUCUCAAAGCUAUUCUCAUGCUCUUUAAUUUCCUGUUUGAACAGGUCAAUGGUAAGCCUGAGCCGAAUUUCGCGCGUAUGGCAGAGCGCUUUGCCGAUCCCCCAGAAAUUUUGUUAAAACACCUCCUUGAGGAGUUUAAACCUCACGCCCCUGUCCUCUCAGUUGCCCUGGCCUCUUUGAACGACUUCUUUAUUCGGCGGACAGUACGUGCUCAGAAUUGGCGCGACAGCCUUUUUCUCAAUGUUCUCGCCGAACCGCGAAAAAUCACACACACCGCACUGAGCGAUCAGCUGGCCUGUGAGUUACUCCCGUAUGAGGUGAUGGAACGCUGGGUAAUCUUCGGCUUCCUGUUAGUCGGCCCCUCAUCUUCAGGAGAUCCUGACGAUGCCUUCGCUCGUGUUCGUCUUGCACUUCGUAAUAGUUAUGUAGUUGUUCUUUUUCGUGAUGAAGUAAUUCACGUUCACAACCUUUUGACAACUUUUUUUGAAUCUGUUUGGGCCGGAAAGUCGUCUUCCAAGCGCCUCUCUGAAAUCAAGGAAGCAAUGUCGAUCGCAUAUUCUCAGGCUCCUGCAGCUCAUUCGGACAGGAGAGCUUACCUACGCUCUGCCUUACGACAGCUCCAUUCAGUCUUGUAUGAUCAGCCUGGACUUCUUGGUCCAAAAGCUUUUAUUGUCUUCUGGGGACUCUCAUACGCGACCGACGAAAUUCAUUGGCUUCUUCGCCACUCCUGCAAUGUAUUGCCAAAAAAGAAUGUUAACACCGAGGAAUUCGCUGACGUCGCUCUACCCGAAUUGCUCUACUACGUUGAAGACCUUCGUCAUUUAGUGAGGCGGUACGCCCCUAUCAUCCAACGUUUUCAUAUUCAAAUGCUUCCAUCCUACGACGUUCCUGGGCUGGAAGAAUUUCUGCGCCCUUCUCUUCCUUUCCUUCCUACGGAAGAAGUAAAUAUCUUUAAUGAUAUGUUGGCACAAUUGCGAGAUGUUGAGAAUUUGCUGACAUCUAAUUCCCCUCGGCACUGCGAAUUUACAAGCCUUCGUCUGGACUGGCUUCGAUUGCAAGCUGUUCUCUCUGCCAAAGAUGCACCACUUGCACUGUCUAAUUGCCGUCGUCUAGCAGAACACCUCCACUCCACAAUCUUCCACACUCGAUUAGUCGAUCAGAUUGACGAUCUCCUUCGCCAGGUCUCAGACCUCUCAAUUUUUUAUUUCUAUUGGAACAAAUUGGAAGAAGUGUUUAAUCACAGCCUCGUCUAUCCAUCCCAGUUACGUUACUCAGGCGUGUUUCCUACGCUUUGCUCCUGCUUUGUCAACACCUGUCACGAGAUGUGCCCCAAGGAACGUUUUAUAGUCGGCCGGGCUGCUGGAAAUUUAGCUCGCCGAUUCUGUCGAAAGCUUGUAGAUGCAAUAUGUACCGCCUUCUUUACUCGACUAGAAGAAGUUUGCUCUUUUGCUGAGCAACUGGCGCCCCAAAACAGUGUACCCUGGCUGAUCGAGGAAAAGUUGAUUAAAAAGAAGGUUGCAGAGAAUAAUGGAACCAUAAAGAAGAACAAGACCGGACUUUCGGGUAGUCAGACUCCAUUUGUGGCCGUAGUGCCCGGAACGGAGAGUUUUCGACGAGAUCGUGUUAAUCAAACCUUGCACGACAAAACCCUCUUUACCCUGUCACAGCUCUGUGCGGCACUUACUUUUCGACGAGAACUGCACGCAUUCGAGGAAAUUUUUGAUCCGCGAACUGUCCUUCAAACUGAGUUGCAAAUGCGUUUAUUCGAGUAUCUGCGCCCCAUGGUAAACGUUGUUCCCACUGGUCCUGUGGACAAAUCAGAGAUUGAGAUCCGUCGUUUGGUCAAGCCGUCUGAUAUGCUGCGCAGAGCUCGUGCCAUCAUGGAGGUGCUCGUUGACCUUGAGGAUCUCGUGCGCAUCGAUGUGGUCGCCAUCUUUAGUAGUGUGUUUGAACAACACACACAACCAAGCAGUGACACUUCGAAGGUUAGUUCUUUGUACUUUGUUCCGACUAAUUUGCGCAUUUUUGCGGUGUUGGGCAGGGAUACGAUGGAUGCAAAUUUCAAAACCUCGUUUAUAGCUUCUACAAUAGUUCAGUUUCCGUCAUGGGUCUUGUGA